GACACUGAGCUCGGGGCUCGCCGGCGGCGGCGGCGCUGGGGUGGCGAGGGGAAGGCGACACUCGCUCCUCGCUGCCUUCGUGCAGAGCGACCGGGAGGGUUUUGCAGCGGCCGCCGCCGCCGCGGCGGGAGGAGGGGUUGAGGUGGCUUCUGAGUUAUCCGGAGAAGGUGGGCAUUUCUCGGUUUUCCCACCCCCUCCCCUUGUCUCCCCCUUGCCUUGUCUCCCCCUCCCUCCUGCCCCGCACCCCACGUGAAGCGGAAUAUAAAGGGGGGUGUGAGACUAGAGGGGAAAGUGAAUGGCGAAGGACUGAAGGGGUUCCCCCCUUCGGGUCCCUGGCCGCCCUGUUCACCCUCGUUCAUCCUCCCUUCCCGAAGCUCGCCCUCGAAGGCAGGAGCGGCCGGCGCCUUCGGCUGAGGAGGAGGAGAAGGAGGAACCGCGCCGGGCGGAGCGUCAGGUCCCGUUUUUCCUCCCCGGCGUCUUGAAUACAAAGCUUACGGUGCAGAAGGAAAUUGCACUCGCCUCCUCCGCCCCCCGGUACCCGACACAAUGCACCAGCCGCCUGAGUCCACCGCCGCCGCGGCCGCGGCCGCUGCAGACAUUAGUGCUAGGAAGAUGGCGCACCCGGCAAUGUUCCCCAGAAGGGGCAGCGGUAGUGGCAGCGCCUCUGCUCUCAGUGCAGCAGGUACCGGCGUUGCUAGUAGUGCCACAUCUUCCGAGGAUUUUCCGCCUCCGUCGCUGCUCCAGCCGCCGCCUCCUGCAGCAUCUUCUACGUCGGGACCACAGCCUCCGCCUCCACAAAGCCUGAACCUCCUUUCGCAGGCUCAGCUGCAGGCACAGCCUCUUGCGCCAGGCGGAACUCAAAUGAAAAAGAAAAGUGGCUUCCAGAUAACUAGCGUUACCCCGGCUCAGAUCUCCGCCAGCAUCAGCUCUAACAACAGUAUAGCGGAGGACACUGAGAGCUAUGAUGAUCUGGAUGAAUCUCACACGGAAGAUCUGUCUUCUUCCGAGAUCCUUGAUGUGUCACUUUCCAGGGCCACUGACUUGGGGGAGCCUGAACGCAGCUCCUCAGAAGAGACUCUAAAUAACUUCCAGGAAGCUGAGACACCUGGGGCAGUCUCUCCCAACCAGCCCCACCUUCCGCAGCCUCAUUUGCCUCACCUUCCCCAACAGAAUGUUGUGAUCAAUGGGAAUGCUCAUCCACACCACCUCCAUCACCACCAUCACAUUCACCAUGGGCACCACCUACACCAUGGGCACCACCAUCCAUCCCAUGCUGGUGUGGCCAGUACAUCCAUCCCCGGAGGGCCUCCCGCAAGCCCAGUAUCCAGAAAACUGUCUGCCACUGGAAGCUCUGACGGUGUUAUACCAGCUGCAGCAACUUCUGCUGUCUCAUCGGGUGGCUCACCUGCAUCUGUAAUGACUAAUAUCCGUGCUCCAAGUACGACCGGCAGUAUAGGUAUAAGUUCCGUUACUGGCACUCACACAAUGAAUAAUGUUAACAUUACUGCUGUGGGUAGUUUUAAUCCUAGUGUGACAAGCAGCAUGCUUAGUAAUGCUCAUAUAAAUGCAAGCAAUAUUCCUAGUGCUGCUAGUGCGAGUGUUGGGCCUGGAGUUAGCAGCGGUGUUCAUGUGAAUAUCUUGAGUGGCAUGGGCAAUGGUACUGUUUCUUCCUCCGCUGGUGUUAACAGUGCCCCUAACGCAGCUGCAGGGAUGACUGUGGGACCAGUUUCAAGUCAGCAGCAGCAACCCACAGUUAACACGUCGAGGUUCAGAGUUGUGAAGUUAGAUUCUAGUUCUGAACCCUUUAAAAAAGGUAGAUGGACUUGCACCGAGUUCUAUGAGAAAGAAAAUGCUGUACCUGCUGCAGAAGCUGUGGCGAUAAAUAAAGUGGUGGAAAGUGUAAAACAAAACCCGGUAGAAGUGACUUCUGAGAGGGAGAGCACUAGCGGGAGCUCAGUGAGCAGUAGCGUCAGCACACUGAGUCACUACACAGAGAGUGUGGGAAGUGGAGAGAUGGGGGCCCCUACCGUGGUGGUGCAGCAGCCGCCGCCGGCUCUUCAGCAGAUGGACUUCGGUGGCCCCGGUGCUGCCGGCGUUUCUCAGUCACAGAUCACGCAAGUACAGUUACAGCCUCAAGAACUGAGCUAUCCUCAACUGCAAGCCACGCUCAGUGCUGCAGCUGGUAUCCAGCCGUCACCUGUUGGUGUGGUUGGUGUAACUUCAGCUGUAGGUCAGCAGCCUUCCGUUUCCAGUUUGGCUCAGCCCCAGCUGCCAUACUCUCAGACGGCUCCUCCAGUGCAAGCCCCCCUUCCGGGGGCACCAGCCCAACAGUUACAGUAUGGACAGCAGCAGGCGGCUGUCUGUACGCAGACGGUCCCGAGCCAUGGUCAAGCAGUGACUCCGAAUCCCGCUGCAGAGUAUGUACAGCCGCAGCCGGUUCUUCAAACGGCGGUGUCCUCGGGACAGCCCAGUGCUGCAGGAGUGGCAGCAGGGACAACAGUGAUUCCUACGGCCCAGCCGCAGAGUCUCCAGCUGCCCGUGCAGCCCGCAGCAAUCCAGGCACAACCUGCAGGGGCAUCUGGCCAGCCCGUUGGCCAGGCUCACACGGCAGGAUCUGUUGCGCCUACUGGCAGUCAAAUUGCAAAUAUCGGUCAACAAGCAAACAUACCUACCGCGGUGCAGCCGCCCUCUACCCAAGUCACACCUUCAGUUACUCAGCAAGGUGCUCCUCCGUCGUCACAGAUAGGUCCACCCGCUCAAACUGCGAUUACUCACCAGGGAGUUCAGACUAGUGCUUCGAGCCUCCCUCAACAAUUGGUCCUUGCCCCCCAGAGUACCUUGUUACCUGUGCCUCCCCAGCCACAAGGAGUAGAAUCAGUAGCUCAAGUUUCGCAGCAGUUGCCUGCAGUUAGUCCUCUGCCCUCUGCUAGUGGUGUUGCUGUUACCAGUCAGGUUAGUUCAGCCGGUCCUUCCGGAAUGCCUUCUGCCCCCACAAACUUGGUUCCACCACAGAAUAUAGCACAGACCCCUGCCACUCAAAAUGGGAAUUUGGUUCCAAGUGUUAGUCAGCCUCCCUUGAUAGCAACUAAUAUAAAUCUGCCUUUGGCACCACAGAUCCCGCUAGGCUCUACUCAGUUCUCUGCACAGUCCUUAGCUCAGGCGAUUGGAAGCCAAAUUGAAGAUGCCAGGCGCCCAGCGGCACCCUCCUUAGUGGGCUUACCUCAGACUAUGAGCGGUGACAGUGGGGCAAUGUCAGCAGUUUCAGAUGGGAGUAGCAGCAGCCUAGCAGCCUCUGCUUCUCUUUUCCCGUUGAAGGUGCUACCGCUGACGACACCCCUGGUGGAUGGCGAGGAUGAGAGCUCCUCUGGUGCAAGUGUGGUAGCUAUUGACAACAAAAUCGAGCAAGCUAUGGAUCUGGUGAAAAGCCAUUUGAUGUAUGCGGUUAGAGAGGAAGUGGAGGUCCUCAAAGAGCAAAUCAAAGAACUAAUAGAGAAAAAUUCCCAGCUGGAGCAGGAAAACAAUCUGCUGAAGACACUGGCCAGUCCCGAGCAGCUUGCCCAGUUUCAGGCCCAGCUGCAGACUGGCUCCCCCCCUGCCACCACACAGCCACAGGGGACCACACAGCCCCCGGCCCAGCCAGCGUCGCAGGGUGCAGGACCGACGGCGUAGCUGCCUAGGCCCCCGCAGAACUGGCUGCUGCUGUCUGAACUGAACAGACCAGAGCUGUACCAGGGGCCUCCGCCUCCACAGUCGCCCAUUUCACUGCUCGCUGCAAAAGAGAAGUGAGACUGACAUACGCCAUUGUCUCUUUUUUCCAGUAUUAAACACUCAUAUGCUUUUGGCUUGAAGACAUUUCUUAGUUGGGUGAAUUAAAGGUUAAUCAGAGAAUUAGCAUGGUUAUACUGGGACCCCGUGCAGCUUGGCAGAUAUGUGCGAAGUGGUUUCAUUCAUGCCGAGGAGCUGUGUGCCUUUCCAUCCCUUCCCUGCUCCCCAUCCCCGCUCCCAAGAGUUCUCUCCUGCUUGCACGUAGUGUACUCCACGGGGUUUGAAGCAGUGGGGCUCCACUGGACUUUCCUCUCUCCUCUUCUCCCCCAGGAGGACCUUAAAAGGGAGGUCAAAGUAAAGACUGACACGUAGUCUCACCUAAGAUGAGGGGAAAUGUAGUUCAUCGUACCAACUGACGACUGUCACCAAAAAUCCAUAAAACAAUAGUACUGUGCCUCUUUCUGGAAACAGUGGAUGACACAAAACUCUGACUAAAACGGUGACAGGUAGCUGGGACCUAGGCUCUCUUACAUGAAGGUUGUUUUGCUUAUUGUAUAUUUGUGUAUGUAGUGUAACUAUUUUGUACAAUAGAGGACUGUAACUACUAUUUAGGUUGUACAUAUUGAAAUUUAGAUGUUUCAUUGGCUGUCUGAAGAGGUGUGGAUUGUCUUUUAUAUAGAGAUCUACCUAAAAAAAUGCAACACGAAGAAAACCACACCUAAAGAAAUUUUAAGAAUUUGGCACCGUCAGUCACUUUGUGUAAUCUGAAAUCUUCUAGUUGCUGAAUAUCUUGAAGUAAAUUCCUGUUCACUGAAGUCUUUUGAUUGAGCUGGUUGAAUACUUUGAAAAAUGAUCCGUUCUAGCUAAUGAAAUGAAUUUCGCAGUAGGGGUUUCUGCAUAUUACCUGUAUAGUAGUUCUAUGCAUACGUUUCUGUGCAUGUUCUCUACACAGUUGUAAGGUGUCACUGUAUUUAACUCUUGCACUUGUCAACUUUCAAUAAAGCAUAUAAAAUGUUGAUAAACAA